AUGGCUUCCUACGUUUCACCCUGUUUUAGUCCUUGUGAUUCACGUCUCCUCACUGUUCUUAGAAAGAAUGUAUCACCUUUAAGCUCCUUUAGGAUGAUUCAGAGUAAGAAAAACCGAGUCUUUGUUGCUGCUCAGAGAUCCGAAUCUUCUCCAAGGCAUUCCCAUAGCCAGGAUCCUUUCUUGAACCUCCACCCUGAGAUAUCUAUGCUUAGAGGUGAAGGAGGAGGAGGAGGAGCCAACAACACAGUAUCCAACCCCAGGAAGGAAACUAGCUCUUUGCUCCCUGUCACUGAGGUCUUUGAUGAGGAGCCUUCUGCUCCAACUAGUUACAAUGAGGCGAGGAUUAAAGUUAUUGGCGUGGGAGGUGGGGGUUCAAACGCUGUGAACCGUAUGAUAGAGAGUGAGAUGAUGGGAGUUGAGUUUUGGAUUGUGAACACUGAUAUUCAAGCUAUGAGGAUGUCUCCUGUAAUGUCUGAGAAUAGGUUACAGAUUGGUAAGGAGUUGACAAGGGGUUUAGGUGCUGGAGGGAAUCCGGAGAUUGGUAUGAAUGCUGCUAGGGAGAGUAAAGAAGCUAUUGAAGAAGCUCUUUAUGGUUCAGAUAUGGUCUUUGUCACGGCUGGAAUGGGAGGUGGGACUGGUACUGGAGCAGCUCCUGUGAUUGCUGGAAUCGCUAAAGCGAUGGGGAUAUUGACUGUUGGGAUUGCCACAACGCCUUUCUCGUUUGAGGGGAGGAGAAGAGCGGUUCAGGCUCAAGAAGGGCUUGCUUCUCUUAGGGAGAAUGUUGACACUCUUAUUGUGAUUCCGAAUGAUAAGCUGCUUACAGCUGUCUCUCAGUCUACUCCUGUGACUGAGGCUUUUAAUUUAGCUGAUGAUAUACUUCGUCAGGGGGUUCGUGGGAUAUCGGAUAUCAUUACGAUUCCUGGUUUGGUGAAUGUUGAUUUUGCUGAUGUGAGAGCUAUAAUGGCGAAUGCAGGUUCUUCCUUGAUGGGAAUAGGAACUGCAACAGGAAAGAGCCGGGCAAGAGAUGCUGCACUAAACGCAAUCCAAUCACCUUUGCUAGAUAUUGGCAUUGAGAGAGCCACCGGAAUCGUUUGGAACAUCACUGGUGGAACCGACAUGACAUUGUUCGAGGUGAAUGCUGCUGCGGAAGUUAUAUAUGAUCUUGUUGAUCCAACUGCCAAUCUUAUAUUCGGAGCUGUUGUGGAUCCAUCCCUCAGCGGUCAAGUGAGCAUAACACUCAUAGCAACGGGUUUCAAAAGACAAGAAGAAGGAGAAGGAAGGGCGGCUCAGAUGGCACAAGCAGAUACAGCCUCAACUGGAGCUACAAGAAGACCUUCUUCCUCUUUCAGAGAAGGAGGUUCAGUGGAGAUUCCAGAGUUCUUGAAGAAGAAAGGUAGCUCUCGCUAUCCCCGGGUCUAAUAAGUCUGAGUUAUGAUCACCAUCCUGCACGCUGCAGAGCAGCCUUGUCUGUUUGGGAUACAUGCAAGAUGUUUUGAUGUAUGAUCAAGAAUCAUGUGGGUGUGUGUAUAAUGCCUUAGCUUUGGUGGUGUGUGUCUUGAAUAGGUUUUUGUUUUAGAGAUGUUUUGUUAUGAUGUCAUUGGUUAUGUGAUGUCUCUAUGACUUGAAAAAUAAAACAAAAAAAUCACUUAAUGAUGAACUGCAAAUCUGUAUUAUCAGUGGUGGUUGACCACUUACACUUACCACACUUAAGGUGGGACCUUGUGAUGACCUUUGAUUAUAAUUAUUACCAAUGUAAACACUCUCUUCUUG